AGGUGGCGAACCUGUUGUUUGUGUGCCGACUAUGCACUAAGAAACGUUUAUAUUCAGCACCUCUCAUACCCGUGUAUCCCAUCAUUUUCUCAAGACCACAGCUUGUACUCGUACAAGAAGCUAUGGAGGAACACAAGACUGUAGAAGAAAUGGAUUGCCAUGCUCUCGUCGCGCAAGUUGUGGAAUUGUUGAAUUCACAGAGAUAUAGCGAUGCAAAAUCAUUUAUCCGGGAGGCCCCCUCUGACACCAUCCUUGCUAAUGGAUGGGAUCUUGUUCUGCCUGUUUUGUCUGCAAUGCAAAAAGAAAUAGACGCUAAAUCGGACGAGAACGUCUGGCUUUGCAAAGAUCUGCUUGAAAUUGUAACAUCACUUGGCAAGCCGAAGGAAGUUCUCAUCUCUUUACUUGAACACUUGCAGCUGAUUAAAUCCAGCGUCGUAUUCCGUGCCGUGCUUCAGUGCAUUCAGAAAUUGCUGCCGAAUCUUUCGCGGAACAGGCUGGUAUUCUUGGAUUUGAUUUUAGAGUCGCUGCACAGCCAUUUGAAACCAUUGUCAGCUUCCGUCGCUAAAAGUUACGGAGAGCAAGCGGCCGAUGAUAGCAGCACGGAAUCGCAGGAGAGCCGAAACCUCGGUGAUUGCUUGAAUGCCGUUGCACAAUUCUUUUCUGACAUUACAUUUGAUAAUCGCCUGCAGGAGGAAUCUGGAACUGGCGAAUGCACUCUGGCAGAAAACGACCUCAUUUUGCGAUACCUGUUGUUGUUUCUUGGCGACACUGCUGUAUUGGAUCUCCGAAUUCGUGCUAACAUGUCGCCUCCCAAUGUCGCUCGGCUUUCUGCACAAGGACUUUUAAGCCAUAUCAGUAAACGUUCGACGGAUUUGAUAAAACUUAGUUUCUCAGGAAUCGCCACACAGUACAAGGGAAAAGCAAGUCACACAGAAGACACCGGUAAAGAUCUCCCAGAACCUGUGUCGCCCAUUUGUCGUGCUGUGUUAGCCUGGUUGAUAUUUGUGGAAAAUCUUGAGCAAGACAGUAUUCCAUGUGUCUAUACAAGUCGCUAUAUAUUUGAGCACAGCCUGCAAAGCAUUAUGGUGCUGUUGUCGCACAAUUCAGGGCAUGUUGUCUCUAAGGGAGUUGCACUGUGUGCUAAUUUAGUAUCACGUCUCAGCCUGGGAGAGUUCUGCUACAUGGAUUUGGACAACACCAACUUGAUUGCUCUUUUGCGCUGCUUGGGCAAGGUAAUGAUCUACAGCUCAUCAAGUGCCGCUAGGAGAACUGCUUUGAGCACUUUGGUUGACUACAUCAAGUGCUUCAAGCAUGAGGCUAGGUACAUCCUCUACUGCCGAAUGCUGCAAGUGGAAAAGCAUGCUGGAUUUCGUGGUCUGCUGAUAGACUGUUAUCGCCAAGACAUGCAUGCUGCUUUGAAAGCAGGCAUUCAUGUGGACACUUUCUGGGGAACAAACUUUCUGGAGUUUGUGAAAAUUCUGUCGAACUUCUCCUCACAGGACCAUAUGAACAUUCUUGAUGACAGUGACUGUGUCUUAGCAGUGCUUAACCUGAUACGAUACUUCGCUUCUGUGUUGCCAUAUCAUAGUCAAGAAUGUGAAGAGGCAAGCCAGUCCACAUGUGAAAUUGCAAGAAAGUAUGUAGAGCAAGUGAAAGAAUCUGUGGAUCAGACAAGAGCUCACUACAAAGUUGAAUUAGAACAUAACAAAGAAAAAGUGAGAGGUUGCAAUGUACAAUCUGAAGACAGUUUGUUCCCAAGCUUACCUCCAGAACAAGAAGCUGAAGUUCUUAAAACUGCACUGACUAGGCUAGACCUUGUAGAAAGCGUAUUAGUUCUUGCACUAGAUAGUGUUAGAUACUGUGCCAAAAAAUGAAUUCAGUAAAUCCUUUCUGUGUGAAACUGUGUUUUUUUUAGCGUGACUGAAAUAAGUUUUGUGGUGCCUGUUUUGUUUUUCUACUCAUCUAGUAUUGUUUAUUGCUGAUAUGGCAAAAACUUUUUUGUUGAAAGCAGAUGAAAAUGAAAAUGUUUCUGCACUG